GGAAAAGAGGCAAGACUCCCAUGGGGAUGGAUGGCUAGGGGAAUGAAUCUUUCAUGAUUACCAUCAGACAGGGGCAGAGAACACACAAAGUUUCUCCUCAAGACCCCAAAGUCCUUGUCUGAGAAAUAAGGAUAGUACUAGUUUAGCCUGGGGAGAGCUGUACUAAGCACAUGGUGGGUACUAGUUUAGGCUGGAGAGAGCCGUGCUAAGCACAUGGUGGGUACUAGUUUAGGCUGGAGAGAACCAUGCUAAGCACAUGGUGGGCAUUAAGUACUACUCAGCAUUAUCAGUAACAGCGUCACCAUUCUGUGCCUUGGUUCCUAUCAGAUCCUCUUUGUAGAUAACUUCUCUGUGGAGUAAGUGAAUAGGUUAGUACCUGCCAGGCACUAUUUUCUCAUCUGGGACUGUGGUUGAACCCAUGGACUCUCAAAUACUUUCUUUUUACCAGAACCGAACCCCAAGCCCUGCUGUGUAUCUUGGAAAACACUACAGCAGCUGGUGUGGUGUCAUACACCUUUGGGAGGCAGAGGUAGAAUUGUAGUUUGAGACCAGCUUAGGCUGAACAGCAAGAUCGUCACUAAAACAGCCACUUACCCUGUUACUCAUCUACUCUUCAGUCCGACGAGGCAUUAUAACUAUUUUCUAAAGGAGGAAGCAGGCCCAGAAAGGUUAAGUCAUAUGCCUGAAGUCCUAUCAGCGAGGAUUUGAGCUCUGGAAGAAUGACGGCAGUCCUGUAGCCCUGCGGAGUGGACCGGGUUGACUGCGAGAGUCAGCCCUGGGAUACGAUGGGUUCUCUAGAGUUUGGACGGCCUGGUGGGAGAGGUAGCGUCUACGCCGGCAUGCUGGUGACACUGCUGGGUGGGCACCUGCGAGGUCUGCGCGCCUGCGGCUGGGCGUGCGUGAAGGUGUGUGAGCGGGCUGUGUAGGAGUCUGCGAGUGUAGUGUGACUGUGUUGUAAGUUGCCAUGUGCGCGUGUAUGCGUGCAUGCGUCUGUGCACGUGGGACUGGGGAGUGCGUGUGAGUGAGCGUGUGUGAACGGCUGCGAGAUCCUCCAUCCCCUUUGGGGCUGAGGACCCGCCAGGGACUACUACUCCCGGCAUGGCCUGGGCGGCCCGCCCCGCCGUCCUGAUUGGCCAAGAUCCGCGUGCUCCCGCCCCCCGGGAAUGAAUGGAUGGGCGGCCUCAGCGCCCGCCCGACCGCUGGGAGGACCGACCCGGCAGGGACCUGCUGGGGGCAGGACCCGGGGAGCAAGAUGGCCACGGUCAUCCCCGGCCCCCUGAGGUGCCUCGGCGAGGACUUCUACCGUGAGGCCAUCGAGCACUGCCGCAGCUAUAACGCGCGCCUGUGCGCCGAGCGCAGCCUGCGUCUGCCCUUCCUCGACUCGCAGACCGGUGUGGCCCAGAACAACUGCUACAUCUGGAUGGAGAAGACCCACCGCGGGCCUGGUUUGGCCCCGGGACAGAUCUACACUUAUCCUGCCCGCUGUUGGAGGAAGAAACGGAGGCUCAACAUCCUGGAGGACCCCAGGCUGCGGCCCUGCGAGUACAAGAUUGAUUGUGAGGUGCCCUUGAAGAAGGAGGGUGGCCUUCCGGAAGGGCCGGUCCUCGAGGCUCUGCUGUGUGCUGAGACAGGAGAGAAGAAGGUCGAGCUGAAGGAAGAGGAGACCAUUAUGGACUGUCAGAAACAGCAGCUGCUGGGGUUUCCGCAUGAGCUCGAGGUAGAAGACGUGGAGGAAGACAUUCCCAGGAGGAAGAACAGGGCCAAAGGAAAGGCAUAUGGUAUUGGAGGUCUUAGGAAACGCCAGGACACCGCUUCCCUGGAGGACCGAGACAAGCCGUACGUCUGUGAUAUCUGUGGGAAGAGGUAUAAAAACCGUCCAGGGCUCAGCUACCACUACACCCACACCCACCUGGCUGAGGAGGAGGGGGAGGAGCACACUGAGCGCCACGCCCUGCCUUUCCAUCGGAAAAACAACCAUAAACCCAAGAAAGCACCAGACGGCACUGUCAUCCCCAAUGGCUACUGUGACUUUUGCCUGGGGGGCUCCAAGAAGACUGGCUGUCCUGAGGACCUCAUCUCCUGUGCAGAUUGUGGGCGAUCAGGGCAUCCCUCGUGUUUACAGUUCACGGUGAACAUGACCGCAGCUGUGCGGACCUACCGCUGGCAGUGCAUCGAGUGCAAGUCCUGCAGUCUGUGUGGUACCUCAGAGAAUGACGGUGCCAGCUGGGCGGGUCUCACCCCCCAGGACCAGUUGCUGUUCUGUGAUGACUGCGAUCGGGGCUACCACAUGUACUGCCUAAGCCCUCCCAUGGCGGAGCCCCCGGAAGGGAGCUGGAGUUGCCACCUCUGUCUUCGGCAUUUGAAAGAGAAGGCUUCUGCCUACAUCACCCUCACUUAGGCCUGGCUCUGCUUCCCCAGGACCUUUGGGUGGUGCUAACUUUCCUGCCUCGAGGAGCUCCUAGCUCUUCCCACCCGGUGUUCCCAGUGGGAGGGAGAGGGUGAAUCCCAGAGGGAGCCAAGGCGUUCUCCCUCUGCAAGUGGAAUGUUACCUUGUGGGUGGGUGGGUCCCGUAGGGCUCCUCCUGCCCCCCCUCUCCAUCCCUUGGCAAAUGUGCACCAGGGGCUUCUGCUCCCCUCAAAGCCAUACCCCGCCUCUGGGCGGGCACAGGGGGGUAGUGGAUGCCAGCUGGGGCACUUAAAGAACCUUUUUCUAGAGAAAAAGACAAAAAGUUAAAAAAAAAAGAAAAAAAAAAAAAAAAGAAAUUAAUAUAUACAAA